AAUUAUUGAAAAAUCAAAACGAAUUUUUUUGUUGUGUGACGAGAAUAAAUUUAUAAGUUUGGUGUUUGACGUUGUAAACAAAUUUGCAUGUUUUUGUGAAAUGUUAAAUAUAAUAAACAAGAACAAUUCGCAAGUAAUUCCUAACAGACUGAAACGAAAUACACAAGUUAAAGAAAGAAAUUAUUAUUUAUAAAAUUCAUUUGCGCCUGAACUAAAAAGGGCAUUUUAUUAUACACAAUCCAAUCAGAAGGAAAAUUAAAAGAAAAACAAAAGGCGCAUUAUAACAAAGUUGAGUGUAUGCGAAAUAGUGGAGGAAUGCAAUAAAACCAAUACCUAAAAGAUAUAUGAAUUGCACAAUUACAAAAAACCAAAAAAAAAAAGAAGAAAAUGCGAAAAAAUUAAACAAAGAAAAAAGAAAUAAAAUAGUAUUAAUUGGAAUAUUUACAGAAAAUCUAAAUAAAUUUUAUCUAAAGACUGAGUAGUGAUGCGCCUUUUGGCUGUGGAGACUGAGUAUUAAACAACUUUUAAAUAACGAUUAACCAAGAAAAGGAAAAAACAAACUAAUUGUGUCGUCAAUCCGGAAAUGAGAUUUCUUCCGGUCGCUGACAUCUAGUAAUAGCAUAAAAUUAUAUGUAUGUAUGUACAUAUGUAAGACUACGUCACGUUGUAGUCCCUCAAAGUGAAGAGCAAGGUAAAUAAAUAAACAAACAAAAAGCUGAUAACAAGAAAUAAAAUAAAAAAUAGACAAAGAAGGAAACCAUCCCUGCUAAGCAAACGUCCUUAGAAAACAAAAUAAAAAGCAAACAGUGAUUUAAUGCUUUCAUACGUUAUACCUGCUCAGGAAACAACGGCUUCAAAUGGUCGUCCAAUGAGUGAAAACGGCAGUGUUAGACAACAAGUGCCUUCUCCACCACGAAAUUUAAGUUUACGACUGAAUUCAUCCUAUAACACUGGUGGCAGUGCGAUCAGUGGUGUAAGUGCAGGUGGAGGAGAGCAGUAUUCAAUGCACCAGCAACAGCAACCAACAGAGGUUGAUGCUCUACUGGCAAAUGUGGCCGAAUCCUGCGAUGAACGCACCCAUUUGUUAAACGACGAUGCAAAUCCUACACCACCUCCACGUAUUAAACGCCAGAAUAGCAACACUAGCAACAGCAAUAACAACAACUCGUUCAGCUUGAAUAACAAUGCCAACAAUGACAGAAGUUGUAGUGCUUUAGAUCGCCGCGAUGGCUGCGAUGACGUUGUCAAUGUAAAUGUUAGCAUUGAUAAUGACGAAUUGUUCUCAGAUGAUGCUGUUACCGCAAACGAAAUGACAGUGAAUGCUUUAGAUUCCGAUAUAAGUGAUAGACAGUCAUUGCAUCAGAACACCUCCUCAAAUCCCCGCCUAACGAUGACAACAACAACUAAAAAACAAAAACUAAGCAAAUUGGGUUCAAAUAAAACAGUCGGUUUAAAAAGGGUAUCAUUUGGUUCCUCCAAAGGCUCCAUGGUUGAGACAUUGGUAUUUGAAACGCCAACACCAUUGUCUGAACAUGUGGAGCCGAAUUUUGGAUUUGGAUCUGACACAGACUACAAAGCAAAUAUGGAUGAUAGUGGAAUAGAGGUUCAAGAAGAAUCGGAACGCUCUAUAGUACGUGUAUCAAUAUACCAAAGUAGUCAACCACAACAAAUUUGCCCUCCCGAAUAUUUUACGAAAUUUGAAGAUAAUUUAGAUAAUUCAUUAAGUAACUAUAACUGUAAUUUAGAAGACAUCAUGACGACAGCAUCACCAAUACCUGGCUAUGACAGGCAACAAAGUACUGAUUCCGGUUGGGAUAAUCCCUUUCGCCCUGGUGGCGAUUUAUCUAGAGAGGCUGAUGAAAUUGUUAAAAUGAUAAGUGGUGGUAAACCCAUAACACCAACAGAAGAACAUGCGAUAGGCAAUGGAAAGUCACAGACUAAUGGUACGGCUGGCAAUGGAACAGUGGUAACAGAAGAUAUAACAAAAUCGAAUGUAUCCCCAAAUCAGUCCGCACAAAAUGGAACGAAUGGUACACACAGGAUACCAACAUCUACGGCAACAACUGGUGGUGGAGCUGUAAAGCCAGCAGAAAAUAAAGGUGUUACAUCAUCAGCUCAAGUCUCAAAGCAAGUGGUACCUGGACCUACAUCGGCUAGUCAUGUUGUCAUAGACGAAAAGAAAAACAAGAAAAAGGGCUGUUGUGUUGUUCAAUGAACGAACAAAGUCGGACAACAAAUUAAGUUUGAGGCAGUUAUAAUAAGGAGAUAAUUAUUAUUAUUAUGUUAUUUUUGGAUGAUAAAUAAGAGACAAAUGAAGAUGAACAUAUACAGACAUAUAUAAUUAAAACGAAGCAUGAAUGUGCAGGUUGCUCCACAUCCUUCUAAUCCUCCUUGGCAUGCCUAUUUGUUUAUGUAUAGGAAAACAAACAAACAAACCAACUUAUAUGUUAAUCAUAAUAUAUAUUAUACAUACAUAUAUUUUUUACUAAGCAUAUUUAUUAUUAUUUAUAUGUAUACUAUUUUGCGAUGAUUAUUUAUGCGACUCUAGCAAUUGCAACAAUAACAACUCAAAAAAAUAACAAAAAAAAAAAAGAACUAAAAACGAAAAAUAAAACUCUAAAUUCAAUUAAAUAUAUAUUGUAUGUAGUAGAAAUUCAUAUAUAGACCAGUAUAUGUAUUCACCUACACUCUACUACACAUUGAGCAGCUUGUUUCCUCAUGAUCAGUUGAGAAAAUUCCUUUUUUUGUUUUUGUUUUUAGUUUAUUCUAUCUAUGUGAGUGUAAUUGUUUUUCCUUCUCCAUAUUACAAUUAUUUUGUAUCUAUAUGUACUAUGUCUUGAUUCAUUGAUUGAUUGAUUAUCAAUAGAUCUUAUUAUUUUUUUAAUUGUGUAUAUGUAUGUAUGUUGAAACAUACGUACACUAAUACCAUUAGUUAUUUAUUUUAUAUUUAUUAAUUUACACCAGAUCCCCCUCUCCUAUUUUAUUUAUCUAUUCUCCAUAUUUCCAUUUAAAUUUGUUUAAUUUUGUAAAAGUCUAUUAGGUACAUGAACAAAAAUUAAAAAAAAAAUAAACAAAUAAAAAAAAUCGCAUUUAAUAAUACAAAUACUUAUUGCACAUACUUCUACAUAUACAUACAUACAAACUACAGACCGACCGAUAAAAUUCAACAAAUAUACAUACAUAUAGUGGUACAUGCAUAUAUAAAGCAUACAAAAGAUCAAAAGAUACGUUAAAUAUAUUUAUUUACUUAUAUAUUCUGAAA